AUGUCGAAGAUUUUGGAAAGUCAAAAGCCCAAUUGGACACCCGGACAAGGAGUCGGCUACCAUGCAAUGACAUUUGGCUGGCUGGUGGAUCAGCUCGUCCGCAGGAUCGAUCCUAAAAAACGAUCCCUCGCGCAGUUUUUCAAAGAGGAAAUAGCGCAACCACAUGGCAAGUCUUUCACUUUUCGUGCACUUUUGCAUAAAAUAAACGAUGUGCACAAUGUGCAAAAAUGCUUAAAAAAUGCAAAUGUGGAUUUGAUCAUCGGCGCUCCAGUGGAGCUCGAAUACAGGAUAGCGCGUCUAGCAUCUGAGCCGAAGUUGCUAGCAGCACGAGAGAUACUGGAAUAUCCAGCACUGCUGAAGAUGGUCUGGAACGCAAUGUACGCGUCUGUCGCUACAGGCGAUCGGCUACUUGGCAAAAUGCAUCAGAAUUAUGCUUGGAUGGGAAGCGGUGCUUUAAAGUUCAAUAACCCAGAAAUCCGAUCUCUGGAAAUGCCAGCUGCAACUGGAAUGAGUACAGCUCGAGCACUCGCCAAACUCCAUUCACUGCUAGUUGAAGGGAAACUGUUGAAACAGUCAACCACCGAACGGCUGUGCAGCACUCCACCAGUUCUCAAUCAACCGGAUUUGGUCAUAUCGCAACCCGUUUCUUUUGGAAGAGGAUUUUGGUACUCGAAAAAUCCACAGGUAGUCAAUCAACGAAACCAGUAUUUUAGAAUUUUUAUCUCAGUCCAGAAUUUUUUUCUUUUCAUCAGCACUUGGUAG